AUGUUGGACAGUGUGAGUAGAAAGCACCCGCCCACCUCCCAGGAAGAUGGAAUACCCUGCGCCUACUGCCCGUUCCUAGCCCCCACACUACAGACCCUCCACGCCCACAAGACAGCAACACACCGAGACAUGGACUGCCCUUACUGUGGCCGUCUCAUUGCUACUUGGUGGGCUUACGAGAGGCACCUGACCAAGUUCCAUCCGAAUGAAGUACCAGAACAUGUCAAGCAGGAGAGAGCAAACGUCGAGGCUGCUCUAAAAUCACCUGUAGUUCCUGAGCCAAAGAAGAGAGGGAGAAAGAGGAAGAUCCAGCAGUGUGAGACGUGCCAUGAAGUUUUUAAAUCACGACCUUCCCUGACAUACCACAUCGCGACAAAACACCAAAGUAAGGAACACACAUGCGUCAAGUGCAAUGCCGUAUUCCGCCACCCAAUGCUACUGGCUUCCCACAUCUUACGCCACGGAGAGAGGACUGUCAUGUGCCACCGUUGCGGGAGGAAGUUCUUCACGCAGAAACAGCUCAAUAGUCAUGAGAACCUGUUCCACCGAAGAACCCGCAGUUACAGCUGUGAGACUUGUGGGGGACGGUUCUCUACCCUGAAGAUUCUGCGCCACCACAUCAGGACUCAACCACACCACAAGUAUUACUGUCAGGAGUGUGGAGUGUCCUACCCACAGAAACAGCAAUACCUGUCACACAUCCUGACACAUGGCCUCAGGUGCACAAUUUGCAACCAGUCAUUUGCAACAGCAGUUGCAGCACACCAGCACUACCGCUCCACACACUCAGGCAACACACAGGUUACUGUAACUUCACCUGGGGACUCCAAAACCAAUCUCAAAGUGAAUGCUGCCUCACCAAAGACUGUACAACCAUUAAGCAAAGUCCAGAGUUCACUUAUCAUCAGGUCCGAUGCAAAGAACACCAAUAAUGAAGAAAUAAAGAGGAUGCAGCAAGACUUUCCUAGCAAUGAAUUUCAAAUACCUGAUGGACAUGACACAGAAGAGGCCCUUCCCUCAAGGAUAAUGCUGAUGGAUAAAUCAGGUGUUAAUAAAGUCAAGACAGAGAGGGUUUCUGACAUGGAACAGGCUCAUAAUGUUGUUAUUAUUCUCUCUGCUGAUAAGGAUGCCCAUGUACUAAAACAGGAAGUGAAGAAGGAAAUAUGUGAGCCAGCAGAAUAUAUUAUCAAUGAAGAUGAGAUUUUGUGAUAAGGAAGAGUACAAAAAAAAAAAAUAAUAAUAAUAAAAUAAAUGUAAAAUCUCUAACUUUUGAAUUAAGGCUAUUGGAUACAGAUUUUAUAAUAUGUACAGGAUUUUUAACGUCAGGUUUGCUAAAGUCUUCUUUUACAGCAUGUUGAUGGAAAUGUGCAAUAUAUACUGUAUAUAACUUGUUCUAAAGGUGUCUGCUUACUUGAUCAAAAAAUAGAAUGGUUCUAAUAAACAAACUUCAUAAAAAUCACCAUAGCAAACAGAGAAAAUGUUAACCCAAUGCUGACAGGCAUGGUAUGUAUGUACAUGCCAUGCCCACUGUGAGUUUACUUUAUUAAUUGUUUUUACAAAUAGAUGGCUACACUUGUACUAAGUCACCAAUGAGCAAAUUACGAGUACUGCCUGUCUCGCUCAUUUACCCUUUUCCUUGAUUUAUGAAUAUAUUUUACGUUAUCUUAUUUUACUGUUGCUAAUGUAAUUUAUAGUAAUUUAAAUAUUUAUAAUAACACCAUCGAUAUUCAUAGCACUAGUAAAAAUGUGCUUUUCCUGCCAAUUCAAGGAAAGGUGAAAUUAUGUAAGGUCACAAGGUCUUCUAAUUGCAGAGACAUUUCACUCAAAUAUAAAAAAAGGGCACAGCAUUUUCCCCAUUUUUUAUUAAUUUUCCCCGGCGGCAUGUGGUUAAUACAGAUAGACAGAAGUCAACAAAAGUCUUAAAUACUGUGAGUUUAACAUAAAAUUUUCCAAGGGUUGACUAUAGAUGUACAAAAUAUUCAGGAAACCUGUAGAUCUUAGAAAUAUAUGUACAAGAGAAUGAUAGUAUUUAAGUAUUAGCCUUUUUUCACUGUAUGGAAAAAAAAAAUUCCAGUUAAAAUGGGGACAUGUAAAAUUGUAACAGAAGAGGUCUCUUAUUCUUAUGUAUUUACCAUUUGGUAGACAAUGUUAAGCAAAUAAAGCAUUAAGCAAAUAAAGUAUCUUAUACAUCUAACUCCAAACACCUUAAAAAUAAGAUUACAGACACACAAAUAUACAAUUCUCCAGAAAAAAUUGGGUCGUUUUCAAAUCCUCCAAAAAAAUAUUUCCCAUAAACAGAAACAUGUUUCCUCCUAUCUCUCAAAAUAAUGUUAGAAACCACCCUAAACAACUGAAGUUUUUGACACUACAACAAUCACACUCAUGAAAGACACUUGUGUACAACCCAGCAAACAACACCAUUACUCAACACGUUUCCAAUUUGUUUUCCCACAUCAUGACAUUUUGCAUGCCUGACAGCCCUUAGCUUCCGAUCCUCUAAGCUCAUGACACUAACUGCCAACAAAGCUACUGGACAUAACAAAAUCCCCGUCUUAAUCCUGAAGU